AGAGCGAGACAGACGCACACACACACACGCAGCAGGACACAAGAGGUAUGUCAGAGGAUGUGGUUUCCCUGAGCUUGCAGAACAUUGCACUGACAUACUUUGAGCAUGACCUAACAGCAGCGCGCAAAGUGUGUUUUCUGCGCUCCGUUUGCCGCCUGCCGCAGGACGACUGAUCCACGGACUUACUAUUAUUGUUAUUAUCAUCAUCGUUAUACGACCAUCACAUCCGGCAGGACUCGUACCAGCUGCUCCUGUGGUUCAUGCGCGGGAUUACUGCGGACUCUAUAACUUGGUGUCGACACCUUCACAACAGGCUUAAGUGUACACUCACUGGACAGAAAUGGGCUGCGGCUUGAGGAAGCUCCGUCAGGCGGAAGACAACAGUCCGGGAAAGAUUUACUCCACCCUCAAGAGACCGCAGGUGGAGACCAAGACCGGCAUCUCCUACACAUACAACCACCUGGAUUUCGUGGUGGGCAAAGACGCAGACGGGACGUCCUCUCUCUGUCUGUCAUCGGUCAGGGAUCUGCCGUCUCAGCUGCAGGAUCUGUACCAGCAGGGCUUCAUCCUGACAGCUGUGCACCCGUUCAUCCACCCGAGCGGGCCCGAGUCCUCCGGCGUCCAGCGGCAGAUCUACCGCGCGCUGCUCAUCAGAGUGUCUGACGGCUGGGAGAAGAAUCCGGCAGACUUUGAGCCGUACCAUCUCAAACUGGAGGAAUGCAUGUCUGCCGAACAGAUUCCCAGCACAGAGCACAUCCAAGGCUACGUGAAGAAACAGAUCCAGGAUGCUGCAGAUCAGGGCAUCAUUUUUGUGGGCUUCAUCCAGGAGCCUGCUGGCCUCCGUUCACACGCACUGCAUCUCGGAGAACCAGAGGAGGCCUCGCUCUCCCUGCACUCCAGCCCCAGCUCGCUGCAUGGCUCCGGGCUCACACCAUGCCCCAGUCCCCUGGAGGAGCCGGAGCCGGAACUGGGGGACGAGUCUGGCGCAGAAAACCAGGAGGAGAAGCAGGGAGGUGAGGCUCUAAAAGCUGGUGGAGACGCUGGAAGUGAUGAAAACUCUGAAACACUGACACACAACAACAACGACACGGACAAAAGCACAGACACAAGCCGGAAAACCAGCAGGCAGGCCCUCAAUAAGAGUGGAGCCGAGCUCUUCGGUCUGUUUAAUUACCCGGGUCGGCGUUCAGCUCAGCUCAAGUACUACACUGUUAAAGUUCCUCUUCGAGUGGAAACGCAGAGCGACGGCGUCUGGAGUCUGGAGGCAAACUGGCUGGAUCACAUGACCCAACACUUCAACAACGGAGCCUCGCUAGUGGACGGGUACUUCCAGAUCAACAACCACAACAACGAUGCUCUUGUGAAGACCGUGGACAGCGUGUUUGUGUUUCAGGAGGGUGUCGAGGGCGACACCAACGCAGCUGCUGCAUAUGACGCUAUAGUGGUGGAACAGUGGACAAUCAUUGACGGUUUGGAGGUGAAGACAGACUAUAUUCCCCUGCUGCAGUCACUGGCUUCAUUCGGAUGGAGACUCACUUGUGUUCUGCCUACACCCAUCACUAAGACCAACAGUGAUGGAAGUCUGGCCACCAAACAGAUUGUUUUCCUCCAGAGACCAGUGUUGCCUCGCAAGAAGAAAGAAUCCAAGAAAGUCAUCUUUAAAGCAAGAAACAAGUCCAACAAGAACUCGGUCAAAGACGCACCAAAGAACAAGAAGAAGAAAGACUCCACGCCCACAGUGGAGAAAGAGAUAAGCGAUCAAAAGGUCGAGAGGAGCGUUGAGGACACCUACACGAGUGUGAAUGAACGACGGCCGGAAAAACAGAAUAAUGAAGCUGACGCUCAAGUGCAGAGCCAACAGAAACAGGACACAGAGGAAGGGAAGUGGGCGGAGGAAGUGACGGCUGCAGGAAGUGAGGUAGGAGGAGGAAAACAAGAAGAAGUGAGUGGAAACGGUGAGAAAGAUGGAAGUGCUAAAGAUGAGGUAGACGGUAAAGCGGAAGAGCAAAGUGUGAAAAUAGAAGCUGAAACAGGGUCGUGUAAAGACCAGAAAGAUGAUGAUGAGGUGGACAAACCGGAGGAGCCAUCAGCCAAUCAGGAUUGAGGUGGCACUUAAACCCACAAGACCAAUGGAAGGUGGAGCUUUAUGAAUGUUUAAAAUGCUACCCUGCAAAAAACUAAACAAAAAAAACAACACAC